GUCGCGAAACACUUCCCGGUCGUAUGUCGUGAAUUGCCGUUUGUUUGUACCACAUCACAAGACUGCAUGUCGAUGUUUGUUGUUGACAUCGUCGCGGGGCUUUUUAGAAGCGAUGCUGUUCGCAUUGCUAGCCGGGUACAGACACAACAACAGCCUCGGUGUUAACAUCUGAGCCCACGCCUCCCCGCGGACCGUGUGAGUGACAGUCAUCCCACCGGGUGAGUGUCAGACACCCCAUCGGGUGAGUGACAGACUCCCCGGCCAUGUCUCCCAGGGCUGGGACGGGGCUUUAGAGGACGUCGCUGCUUAAGGAUCCCCACUGACCGCUGCCGCCUUGCAGACCUCGGAGAGGAUCACAGGUCUCUGAGCUGUUCAUGAUGGAGACGGAGGACGACGACGUGCCUCUGAUCCUGACCUGGGACGAGGCCAGCAGCGGACUGCUGAACGAGGAGGCGGAGAGGGCGGACGAGAAUGGAGGAGGCAACUAUGAUGUCGUGAACAAUGCGGUGAUCGCAACGCCGGGACCACAGAACCACAGACCCCAAAAUGCAUCAUUCCGCCACAGCUGGGAGAUGAAUUACCAGGAGGCAGCCAUCUACCUGCAGGAAGGCGAGAACAAUGACAAGUUUUUCACCCACCCGCGCAACCCCAAGGCCCUGGCGGCGUACCUGUUCGCCCACAACCACCUGUUCUACAUGAUGGAGCUGCUGACCGGCCUGCUGCUCAUGGUGCUGUCGCUGUGCGAGGCCCCCGCCGUGCCCUCGCUGCGCCUGGACGUCUACGUGCACGCCACCCUGGAGCUGCUGGCGUUGGUCAUGGUGGCGUUCGAGCUGUGCAUGAAGCUGCGCUGGUUGGGCUUCGACACGUUCAUCCGCCACAAGAGGACCAUGGUGAAGACCUGUGUCCUCAUGCUGCAGUUCGUGGAAGCCAUCGUGGUUCUGGUCCGGCAGACGUCCCACCUGCGUGUCACCAGGGCCCUCAGACCCAUCUUCCUGGUGGACUGCAGAUACUGCGGCGCUGUGCGCAGAAACCUGCGGCAGAUCUUCCAGUCGCUCCCGCCCUUCAUCGACAUCCUGCUGCUGCUGCUCUUCUUCAUGGUGAUCUUCGCCAUCCUGGGCUUCUGCCUCUUCUCUCCAAACACGUCUGACCCGUACUUCAACACGCUGGAGAACAGCAUGGUCAGUCUGUUUGUGCUUCUAACCACAGCAAACUUUCCUGACGUGAUGAUGCCCGCCUACUCCAGAAACCGCUGGUGCUGUGUCUUCUUCAUCGUGUACCUCUCCAUAGAGCUCUACUUCGUCAUGAACUUGCUGCUGGCAGUGGUGUUUGACACCUUCAACGGUGUGGAGAAGAUGAAGUUUAAAUCGCUGCUGCUCCACAAACGCUCCGCCAUCGACCACGCCUUCCAGCUGCUCGUCAGCCGACAGCGGCCGGAGGGAGUCUCUCUGAAGCAGUUUGACGGGCUGAUGCGUUUCUACCGUCCGCGCAUGUCGGCCAGAGACCGCUACCUGACCUACAAGGUCCUCAACGUCUCGGACACCCCCAUGCUCAGUCUGCAGGACUUCUACAAGUUCUACGAGGUCAUCGGACUCAAGUGGAAGGCUCGCCGGAGUGGGGAACACUGGUUCGACGAUCUGCCACACACAACCUUCCUCAUUUUCAAAGGCAUCAACCUGCUGGUGAAGUCCAAGGCCUUCCAGUACACCAUGUAUGUGGUGGUGGCUACCAACGGCAUCUGGAUCCUUGUGGAGACCUACAUGUUGAACAGCGGCUUCUCCUGGUCCCGAUUCGUUCCCUGGAGUUACAUCGUCUUCCUGACCAUCUACGGGGUGGAGGUGCUGCUGAAGGUGGCCGGCCUGGGUCCUAUGGCCUACAUCAGCUCUGGGUGGAACCUGUUUGACUUCUCUGUGACGGUGUUCGCCUUCCUGGGUUUGAUUGCUCUGGCCUUCGACAUGGAGCCUUUCUACUUCAUCGUGGUGCUGCGGCCGCUGCAGCUUCUCAGGUUGUUCAAGAUCAAGCAGCGCUACCGCAACGUGCUGGACACCAUGUUCGAGCUCUUCCCGCGCAUGGCCAGCCUGGGCCUCACCCUCAUCAUCUUCUACUACUCCUUCGCCAUCGUGGGCAUGGAGUUCUUCGCCGACGUCAUCCACCCCAACUGCUGCAAGAACAGCACGGUGGCCGACUCCUACCGGCAGAUCAACGUAACCAUCGGCAACAGGACGGUGUUGGAGGAGGGCUACUACUACCUGAACAACUUCAACAACAUCCUCAGCAGCUUCGUCACCCUGUUUGAGCUGAUGGUCGUCAACAACUGGUACAUCACCAUGGAGGGGGUGACCUCCAUGACGUCCCACUGGAGCCGGCUGUACUUCAUGACCUUCUACAUCGUCACCAUGGUGGUGAUGACCAUAAUCGUGGCGUUCAUCCUGGACGCCUUCGUGUUCCGCAUGAACUACAGCCGCAAGAACCGGGAGCCGGAGAACCCGGAAGAGGAGAACGGCAUUGUGUUCGAGGUGGAGGUCAGCCGGGACGAGGCCCUGGCCACGCUGGAGCUCUACAAGCAGACGUGUCCCGGCCUGUCGUCUCUCAGCUCCCUGCAAGGGGUGCUGCAGGCCAUGGACCGCGGCGGGCACACGUCCCUGGUGUACCAGGGCAGGAGGUCCCGGACCAAGAGCGACCUGAGCAUCAAGAUGUACGAGGAGGAGAUCCAGGAGUGGUACGCCGAGUUCUCCAGGGAGAACCUGUCCGAGGCCGACCACGGCCUGGAGCGCGUCCUGGACAGCCCUGCGUCGGACCCCCCCCCGCACUACGAUGCCCCCCAGCCCGAGGCCUCCGCACACAGCACGCCCCCCGCCGGUGAUAGGCCACCGCAACCCGUCACUCCAAAGUAGGGUCCCGUGCCCCCGCCUCCCAGAGGCCCCUCCUGGGACCCCCCCACGACGGACCCCUGGACCGGUCACCAGAGACUCACGGCCCGGUUCCUGAACCCCACCCCCGGACCUGUCUGCGCCCCAGCGCCCCUACGGGGGGGCCGGGGUGUACGCCCAUCGCCUGGUUACCGUACACCCCUCCCGCCCAAUGCCUUAGCGAUGUCAUAGCCCCUGAUCCCUGUUAAUCCCUGACCUGUCGGUUUAAGGGGAACCCUCUAAGUUAAGGGAGGACUGCUCUGUAUAAGAGUCAACCUGGGUUCCUCGUGAAAACCCUGGGAGAGUCGGGACCGGUUUGAGGAACCCUUGAGC